AUGGCUUUCUCCGUCAGCUCCGCCGUCCACAGCCCGUCUAUAUCCUCUCCGUUCGAGCAGCAAAUCAGAGGUGCUCAAUUGGGGGUGUUUCCGCCGUUGGAUCGGCCGCAUCUCCAACCCACGGCGGCGAGCUUGUGCCGGCGGCGUUGCGCCGUGGCUCCGCUGCACGCGGCGGAGCAGAAGCGCAGCGAUUCGAUUGUCCCGUCCGCUGCUACCUUGUUCGCUCCAGAGGUUGUUGAGAAAGUGGAAACAGAGGAUUAUGUAAAAUUGGCAGAUGAGCUUGAAAAUGCUUCUCCUCUUGAGAUCAUGGAUAAGGCCCUCGACAUGUUCGGGAACGAUAUUGCAAUUGCUUUUAGUGGAGCAGAGGAUGUAGCUUUGAUCGAGUACGCGCACCUAACCGGACGCCCCUUCAGAGUCUUCAGCCUCGACACAGGCCGACUAAACCCUGAAACCUACAAACUCUUUGACUCGGUCGAGAAGCACUACAACAUCCGAAUCGAGUACAUCUUUCCAGAAUCUUCCGAAGUCGAGGCCCUCGUUCGCAGCAAGGGGCUUUUCUCCUUCUACGAGGAUGGCCACCAAGAGUGCUGCCGCGUGCGUAAGGUUCGCCCAUUGAGACGGGCCCUCCGUGGCCUCCGAGCUUGGAUUACGGGCCAGCGUAAAGACCAGUCCCCGGGGACCCGUUCCGAAAUACCCACAGUUCAGUUGGACCCGGCCUUUGUGGGCCUCGAUGGUGGGCCCGGGAGCCUCGUCAAGUGGAAUCCACUAGCAAACGUGAGGGGAAACGACGUUUGGAAUUUCCUCCGGGCCAUGAACGUGCCCGUUAAUUCCCUCCACGCGCAAGGGUACGUCUCGAUCGGGUGCGAGCCUUGCACGAGGCCUGUUUUGCCAGGUCAACACGAGCGGGAGGGGAGGUGGUGGUGGGAGGAUGCUAAGGCCAAGGAGUGUGGGCUUCACAAGGGAAACAUAAAGGAAGAGAAGAAUUCGAAUUUGAAUGGUGGGGCCCACACGAAUGAGCCCGAUCUUUUUAAGAGCAAGAAUGUGGUUAGCUUGGCCCGGCCCGGGAUUGAGAAUCUGUUGAGGAUGGAGAAUAGGAGGGAAGCUUGGGUCGUUGUGCUUUACGCUCCGUGGUGCGGGUUUUGCCAGGCAAUGGAAGGGUCGUACGAUGAGCUGGCGGGGAGAUUGGUGGGUUCCCGAGUUAGGGUUGGGAAGUUCCGGGCGGAUGGGGAGGAGAAAGGGUUUGCACAAGGGAAGCUCGGGCUCGGGAGUUUCCCGACGAUCAUUUUCUUUCCGAAGCACACGUCGAGGCCCGUUAAGUACUCCUCUGAGAAGAGGGAUGUCGAAUCGUUGAUGGCGUUUGUAAAGGCACUUGAGUGA